AUGCCUCUUACACCUCCUGAUGAGCUUGACCUGGAAUCGAAAAUGAACUGGGCGUCCUUUUAUGCCGUCAUCAGCGGUGUAAACAGACACUCCACGGGCAUUGGUCGCAUCUGGCUCUCUGUCCUUUUCAUCUUCCGUAUCCUGGUCCUGGUGGUUGCAGCAGAGAGUGUGUGGGGUGACGAGAAGUCCGGCUUCACCUGUAAUACCCAGCAGCCCGGCUGCAACAGCGUCUGUUAUGACCACUUCUUCCCCAUCUCACAUAUCCGUUUGUGGGCCCUGCAGCUCAUUCUGGUGUCCACCCCAGCCCUGCUGGUGGCCAUGCAUGUGGCCCACCGCCGACACAUCGACAAAAAACUCUACAAGCUGUCUGGCCGGGCCAACCCCAAGGAACUGGAGCAAAUCAAGACCCAGAAGAUGAAGAUCGCAGGUGCCCUUUGGUGGACAUACAUCAUCAGCCUCUUCUUCCGCAUCAUCUUUGAGGUGACCUUCAUGUAUCUCUUCUACAUGAUCUACCCUGGCUAUAAGAUGAUCCGGCUGGUCAAGUGUGACUCGUACCCCUGCCCCAACACAGUGGACUGCUUUGUGUCCAGGCCCACAGAGAAGACCGUCUUCACUGUGUUCAUGCUGGCUGUGUCAGGGAUCUGCAUCCUGCUCAACAUCGCAGAGGUGGUCUUCCUAGUGGGAAAGGCCUGUAGUAGGCACUUAAGCAAUGCUGGAGACUCAACCAUGGGAGCAUGGAUCACCCAAAAGCUCUGCUCCUACUAG